AUGGCAACCAAGACACUGAAGGAGUAUACUGUCGAAGAGGUCGCUCAGCACAACAAGGAAGGGGAUCUCUGGAUCAUUAUCGACGCCAAGGUAUACAAUCUCUCUCGGUUCGCUGACCUACAUCCGGGCGGUUCCAAUGUCUUGUUCGCGGAGGGUAUCGCCGGACAAGACUCUACAGAAACAUUCUUUGGUCUACACCGCCAUGAAGUCCUGCUGAGGCCUCAGUAUGCACGUCUACAGAUUGGUACCGUCGCAGGCGAGGAGGAGUCCAUCAAAGCCCCAGUGCCUGGAGCCAUUUCUCAAGUUCCUUAUGGCGAACCGUCAUGGCUGGCAGAUGGUUUCAAGACUCCAUAUUAUACUGAUAAUCACCGUGCAUUCCACAAAGCCAUUCGGACCCUUAUGCACAACGUUGUUCAGCCAGAAGCACUUCGGUGUGAGGAGAACGGAAAACGGAUAUCUCAGGCUGUGGUUGACCAGCUAUGCGAAAACAACUUUGUUGCGAUGCGUCUGGGCCCCGGAAAACAUCUCAAGGGCCUUGUACUCAUGGGCGGCGUGACAAAACCCGAAGAAUUUGAUUAUUUCCACGAGCUCAUUCUCAAUGGUGAAAUCGCUCGUUUCGGCACGCGUGGUUUCCUUGAUGGUCUCUUGAAUGGUGAUGUUAUCGGUCUUCCCCCCGUUCUCAACUAUGGGUCCCCCGAAAUCCAAGCAAAGGUUGUCCCUGAUGUUCUUGCAGGCAAAAAGUACAUUGCCCUUGCCAUUACGGAGGCCUUCGCAGGCAGCGAUGUUAGUGGUUUGCAGACGACUGCUGUACGGGAUGGAGAUUACUGGGUCAUCACCGGCACAAAAAAGUGGAUAACAAACGGUACAUUUGCCGACUACUUUACGACAGGGUGUAAAACCAAGACCGGCUUCACCGUCAUCCUUAUCGAGCGCGGAGAAGGAGUCUCUACGAAACCAAUCAAGACGGCUUACUCUUCUGCCGCUGGAACGGCGUACGUAACUUUUGACAAGGUUCGGGUACCCGUUGGAAACACGCUUGGCAAAGUCGGUAAUGGGAUGUCUGUCAUUCUCAGUAACUUUAACCACGAGCGUUGGAUGAUUACUGCGUCCAGUUUGGCUUCCCAGAGGUUGAUAGUGGAGGAGUGUCUCAAAUGGGCUACACAACGCAAAGUCUUUGGAAAGCCUCUCAACUCCCAGGCUGUCAUCCGGAAUAAGCUUGGAAGGAUGAUUUCAAGGGUGGAAGCGUGCCAGAAUUGGGUUGAGACUAUCACAUAUCAGAUGAACAAUAUGUCGUAUAACGAUAUGUCCAGCAAGCUCGCCGGGCCUAUUGGGUUGCUCAAACAGUUUGUCUCUAAAUGUGGUCGGGAGACGGCCGAGGAUGCGACGAUGGUCUUUGGUGGACGCGCUCUUACGACGACGGGUAUGGGCAAACUUGUUGAGAAUUAUCACAGAACGUCUGGUUACGACGCCAUUCUUGGUGGUACAGAGGACAUCUUGUCAGAUUUAGGAGUGCGCCAGGUUAUGAAGAAAAUGCCGAAGGAUGCGAGGCUAUGA